AUGACUGAACAGCUUAACUUUGAAGCUAUUAUAAACAACUUGACAAAUAAAAAUGUGGACUUGGAGGAGCAAAUCAAAACAUUAAAAUUGGAUGUUCACGAACUUGAGCAACUGCAUCAAAUGGAUGAGGAAAUAAUCGAGAUGCAGAAAGAAACGGAAAAGGAGUUGCAGACUAAAAACCAGGAAUUGGCUUUGACUAUUGCUACGAUGAACACACAAAUAAGUGAAUUGGAAAGUAGAAUUGAAGUUCAAAUGAGUUCUGAUGCAAUCAUUGCGGAUUUGACAAGCAAGAAUCUGGAUUUGGAAGAACAAUAUAGACAAUUAAAAGCUGAUUUCAAUGAACUGGAGCAAUUACACCUUAUGGAAGAUGAAAUUAUUGACACACAGAAAGAGACUGAGAAGGAAUUGCUCCAAGGAAAUGAAGAACAGAUGCUUAUAAUUGCUACGGUUUUUGUUUAA